CAUGAAGCUACAACUUUUCAUUGGUGUGAUUAUGAUAUUCAUACAAACAUAAGCGUCACUGGAUUGUAACGCCUGUUGAUAACAUUGUUUAUUAUCAGCAGAAACGACACCGAACGCCUCAAGAGGUGUGGUCACCUUGGUGAAGUAAGGAAAACGAAACUUGUUUCUUACAGGCUUUUAUGAGGGUGGCUGAAAGCUCACUCUCAGAAACUUACUCAGAAAGCGAUUGAAUUAGACAAAUCCUGGUAACAAAUGUAAACUGUCAGACAUGCUCAAAACCUAGGCUAAUUGUUUACAUUUACAUUACAGUUCUUUAUUGGGAACUCGUGCCAGAUGACAGACGUUCAUGACGCGGAAGUUCAUCAUGAUCAGAGAGGAGCUUACUGAGGUCCUGUGCCAGUACAGGUCAGACACCCUGAGCCACAUAGCCACUCUGAGGGACUUCUGUGACAGGCACUCAAAAUGGAGCCUUCACAGGGAGACAGAGCUGGAGAUGAUGAGAGACAUCAAGGAAAGGGCUGACAGAAUCAACCUGACUUUCAACCACGUCAGAGAGUCUCCGAACAAGUGGAAGGCGCUGGGAGAGUACAUGAAGAGUGGCCUGACGGAGGUGACAGCAGCCAGGCGAUGGGAGGAGCUGGAGAAGGAGCUGGCGGAGGUGUUGAAGGACACCCUGGCCGGGCUGGAGGAACUGGACCACUUCCUGGAUGCUGUGGAGAGGCUGGCGGUCACUUCUGUGUCUGUGUUCGAUGAGGAGUGUCCAUUUGGUGACCAGGAGGUGAGCCCUGCCGGUGUCCGUGAUGUCAUCACUGCCUCACAGGAAGCGUGUCCUCUGCUGGUCCGGUUCAGGAGGAACGCAGGGGACUUCUUUCUGCCCAGCCUCUUCAACGUGCCGGUGUUGGCUAUCCAGCUGGACUCGUACAUACGCAGGACCCAGCAGCUCUGUGACAAGCUGGAGAGCAAAUUGAUGACAGCAUCACAGACGGAGAGUGAACCAAGUCAAUGGAUGUUUUGGAGAAAGAAGAAGGAAAAUGUCGACCUUGGGGAUGUGAGUGAUGCAUCCGUGCUGAAUAUGCUCGUCCAUCUCAAAUACCUCAGUGAUGUCAGGACCAACCAGGACUUCAGACUGGUUUUCCUGUUCCAGGAGGAAGCUGAAAACUUCAUCAAACUCUUCAUCCAGAGCAAGCCCAGAAUGUUGCAGUUUCUGACUGACCUGGAGGGGAGCGCCGUCCAGCUAGACAACAUGAAGCGUGGGGCCCAGAUCUCCACGGUGGCAGGCAGCUCCGUGGGGGCGGUUGGAGGGGUCCUGUCCAUCGUGGGUCUGGCUCUGAUCCCUGUCACAGCAGGCGUGUCCCUGGCUCUCACCAUGGCUGGCGUGGGUCUGGGGGUCACCAGUGGGGUCAACAGCGUAGUCACCACAGUCACAGAGAGCGCCGUCAACGCCACUCAACAGAAAAAAGCCAACGAGUUGUUCCAGAGUUUUAUGGAGGACGUACAGAACAUCCAGGGGUGCCUGGAAGAUGUGGCCACAAAGAUGGCUCCCGUGGUGAGUGAGGUGGACGCAACCGCGGGAGCAGGGAAGAUCGUGGGGAAAGUUGGUGCCAUCGGGAAAGGAAUCGACUCCUUGAUCGAUUGUGCCUCGGGUAUGAAACUUCUGAGGAGUGAGGAUGCGAUUGCUGACCUGGGACAGGCCGCUAAAGGGACGCCCCUCGCCCUCUCCAAGGCAGCCCGGGGGGGGUUCAUCGCUCUCAACGCCCUGUUCAUUGGCCUGGACGUGUUCUUCAUCUGCAAGGACAGUGUCAACCUGGCCAAGGGCAGCAAGAGUGAGGUUUCCCAGCUCAUCCGGGCACGAGCACGGCUCUGGCGCUCUGAACUGGAGUCAUGGCAGAAGAUCCAUGACUCCCUGCAGAGAGGUCUGCUAACUUCCCACGACAGCGAGAACCUGCUGAAGAUGCCCUUUUACCCCGUGGAGGAGAUGACCAAAGGGAAGAAGACGUUCUGGCAGAAAUUCAGUCUCUUUUCCUCUUUUUCAUAGUCCUAGCAUUGGCCUGCCCAAUGGUGAGGAUUUCUCACUUUAAAUGGAUCAUUGACUGCACAGGAUUUGAUUGAUUUCUAUUUCAACACUAGAUUCAAAACUGUCGUUCAAUUGAAACCAAACCUUGCUCUUCCACAUUUAAAUGUAUAAUCUACUGUGUUCGUCUUAUUUGAUUUUAAUUCUUUGUUUAUUUGAACAAUUACUGUUAAUUGUCUGCAUUGUCUAUUACUUUAACUUGAACUUAUUUAAUUUUAUUUAACUAAACGUAAUAUCUUAUCAUACUGUGACUGUAAUAUCAAGGCGUUGCUCUGUUAAAUUGGUUGAUCUAUUCUUACAAUGCAUAAUUAAGUAUUUCAUGUAUACUAAUAUUGCCACACUCCUACAAUAAAGACAAAAAACCUUC